CUUGGUGUGCAACCAAACAGGAAUGCAACGUAUGUUUCUACUACAGGUUUUUGGGGGCGGAGUCAAACAGCUGGAUUGUCUCGUGGCGGCGACCAGACCGGCCGCCUUCCCCCACUCCAAUUCAAAGCGAGAAUGGCUAACGGGACCUCAGUUGUUCGGGCAGAAAAAAUGGAAUUGAUUUAAAAACAAGACAACAACGUGUGCCCCGAGUCCAGUGUGAAAUAGCCCUGGGCUACCAGAGGUGUGCAGGACUAAAAGUAAUUUUGAAAACGUCCUGAGCUAACACAACGGCAAAAGCUUAAAGGACAAAUCUGUCCCGCCGGUGUCCCAUCUACCACCCUCCAUUUUUAAGAAAACGAAUCACUUGGUGGCAGCGCAGAUGUCCGUCACACUCACUUAAAUGUUAGUACUACUUGAGCAGAUAUUGCUCGGCUGGCCGAAGAGGAAGAAGAAGAAAGGGACUGUUCAAGGUGCUGGAAGAUGUCUCUCUGGAUGAUACUGCCUGUUAGCCUCCCGGUGCUGACCAUCACUGGAAUAUGGGUUGUGUACGCCAUGGCCCUGUACAACCAGCAUGUCUGCCCGGUGGAUAACUGGUUGUACAACCAGUCGUGUGAAGAGGAGCUGUAUUUGCAGAGCGGGCCAAUCCUGUGCUGCACACUUGACAAUGUACCUCUCAUCAGUAAAUGUGGGACUCUUCCCCCUGAGAGCUGCUUCUUCAGCCUUAUCUGCAGCACAGGAUCCUUCAUGGUUAUGGUGAUCGUGCUGCUCCGCUAUGCCCACGUCAUUGAGAAGCACCAAAAUUGUGUCCUCAACACCGCGAGUCUCUCCACAGGCUGGAUCUGUGCCGCUGGACUCAUCAUGGUGGGCAACUUCCAGGUGGAUAAUGCCAAAGUCCUCCACUAUGUCGGAGCGGGUAUUGCCUUCCCCACCAGUAUGCUGUUUGUUUGCCUACAGUCAGCGCUGACUUACCGACUGGCCAAGACCCAGGGGGAGUACAACGUGGCCCACCUCCGGCUCUGCAUGACCCUGCUGGCCUUCAUAGCCUUGGUGCUCAGUGGUGUGUUUUUCUGUCAGGAGAGCUUCGUCCUGCAACAUGCAUCGGCCAUCUUUGAGUGGGUGUUCUGUGUCAUUGUCAUGCUGUUUUACGGGACUUUUGGCUUUGAGUUUGCCAGCAUGUCAGGCGAUACCAUGGCAGUGCUGGCUAGAAGAGGGGCUCUGGGACCUGCUGGGCGAGAACACAAGGUGGAUGCACUGGGAGCACUGGGAGGGCCUGGUGCACGCUCACAGCCACAUCCACAUCAACCUGAAAACAUGUCUAUACUGUAGACUACUGGCACAUCUUGAUGCCACGCAGUUGUCUUGUUUAUUACUUUUAAACUCUGGUUGUUGAAUGAGUUCAUUUACUCAUGUCCGGCCACAUUUAUCUGAGGCUUUGACAUGAACCAGGCCAGUGCAGUUUCCGUUCACGGCAGAGGGGAUUCUGCUAUUUCAACCCAAGGGGUGAAGAUCUGCAGCCACAGUGGAGAGCUCUGCUUGUAUUGUGCUCACGCCAGAGCUUGGUGUCGCUGAGGAACUUGUUUGCAUUUUGCACGUUGCACAAGUGUGUAACCAAAUUUUAGCCUGACUCAGUCCUGUCCUCAGUGACCAGCGGAGGAGUCUUUUUGUUAAUCAGAUCAAAAAAAUGUACUGUUCCCCCCUGAUAUUCUGCAACCUGUUUCAAUGAGUGCCCUUUGGCCUUUCCCACGUCAGGUGACUUCCGUGAUGCUUCUAUUGUAAGUAAAGAAGGCUGCCGGACAGCCAGGCUGAGAGUAUUACAGUCAUAAAACAGAGAAGAUUGAAGAGAGAGGGAAGAUGAUGAUGAUGGGAGGAUGAGUGUUGCAGUGGGAGCAAGUUCAGACUUUAGGCUUGUUAUUCCAUCAGACGUUGGAUGAAUGCAAUAAAUCAUUUAACCCUGCAAUCAUUUAACCCUGCAUUAAGCAAUAUUUUUGAUAUGUCGAGUCCUUAAUAAUACAGAAUUAACACCCUGCUCUACAUAAAUUUUUAGCUGACUGUUUUGGUUAACAUACGCUUCAUUCCAGACAUGGUUAAUGAGUGGAAGGUGAAGACAGUCGACCAUUUAGAAAGCUGAAGACCCAGAUAUGUUUCUCAGGAGCUGGUUUACCAAGGUUUAAAGGAAAGUGAAUACUGGAUAAUAAUGUUGCUCUGUGUCUGCUGGAUGUCUGCGUAGGAACAGAUGUUAAGCCAUAACAACUUAUGUUACUUAGAUUCUUUUGUGGUCAGAAGUCCCUUUUAAUGCAACUUCAGCAGCUUCAUCAACUUUGUGUUUGAUGAGCAAUUCCACAUGUGCAAACCCUACACUGUUUAUAGAGUAAUGGACUCAACACCCAACACACACUGUGUUUUGGCGUCUGGAUGCUUUGGGCGACUUGCCGUAUCCUUGUUAUAACUGCAUCCAGAACAUACAGAUGACCCAGUGCAUUGGCUGAGUCUGAAAAAAUGUUGCCUUUCUUAUUGAAAAGAUCAAUAUACUGCAUCAACCUGAAACCUCAAAUCAUAUUUGAUCACUUCCUCUCUGAAAAGAAUAUGAAAGAGAGACGAUACAGUGUCCAGAGGCCAAAUGCAUACCAGCUAAUUCAAGCCAGAGCUCUGCGCUUAUUGAGUUUGGUGACGAGACACUGCACGUGGUUUCAGGUCCUAUGGACGAAGGUCUGCAUCCCAUUACUCCUCAGUCACAAACUAUAGAUUUUUUUCCAGCACGUCUCGCUGAUGUGGCAGGAGAAAGGGAAAAGAAAGGCUAUAAAUGAGAUAUACUGUCCUGCCUCAGUUUUAAGAAUAUGCAGAGUAUCAGCAUGCCUGUGGCAAUGGUGCUAAAAUACAAAAGGCCUUAUCCUGUCAUAUUCCUUGAAUUUAGCUGUGAUUAUGUUAACAUCUGAUCAGUGAAAGCAAUAAGAUGGAGAUACACACUCAGUCUCAGUAUUGAUUGCUGAUAGUGGAGGAGCAGGGACAGAAGGCUGCGUGCACGCCUGUGAGUGCCAGGAAUACCAAAACGGAUGUUUGGCACUACUAAUUCACUUACAUUGAAAAAUGCGCCUUGCUAGUACCUACACUACACUUGAUAUAUCUGGCCGUGUAGUUCAGCCUUAUGGUUGCUUAUCUUUUUCUUUCAGUUAUCCCUCUGUAUGAUAUUCAAAUGUUGAUUGAAUUUGCUGACUUUGUUUUAAAUUCUUUGCUGUCUUGCCAGAAUUACUGUUUAAACUUUUUAGGAAACAUCUCAACAUCUCGGUGUAAUAUCACCACACUCUGAGCUCUCUGGAGGAAAACCAGAGCAAGAAGAGGGUUUACAACAGUAGUAGUCUUUGUUUUUAGGUUUCCUCAGAGUAAAAAUAGUUCUUUCUCACACCACAAUCACAUGUUUGGACAGAGGUUAGUGCCAGUAUUUUGGGUGCGAGUGGUUUAGUUGCCACUGAAUGUAUGAAUGCUCUCAAAAAGACUGGAGUUGAAAAGCUUGUGCAUGUUGUAAUGUGGAAUGAACUGAAAGGAUGGAAACAACAUCAGCCACACCACUGAUCCCUUGCUUCUCUCUACUGGUCAGACUGCUUAUUGCAUAUGAGUUUGUGUUGCAAUCAGAGCUGUAGCUCAGCUCACAGGAGGUCUUGUUUUCUACUUGAAAAAUUACACACUUUUGUACGCGCAGCUACAGCUAAGAAAAUUUUGUCAGCUUAGGCUAAAUCUGCUUUUGUUUUACACCUAAAUGUACUUGGAAGCUACUGGCUUUGGUGCAGCAGUGGUCUUCAGAUUGUUCUACCAGGCAUCGCCUUGAAGUAAAACUUUUUGACGCUAAUUCUACAAGAUGCAUACUUUGAACAAAUCACAGUAAAGAUUCAAAGUGUUUCUAAAUGUUAUAAAUGUUAAACCAGAUGAUGGUGCUGCUGCUCAUGGUCUUACAGCUACAAAAAGCUACAACUACCAAAAAACAACAACUACUACAAUGACCACUACCGUUACUACUACUUCCCUGUUUAAGACAUUUCUUUUGAGAACCUGUCAGUCAGAUUAAGCACGCUCAGCCUCCAGUCCGCCUCUCUACUUUCUGUUCUUUUCUCUCGUUUACUUAUCUGUCUGAACCUUGCACUCAGGAAAACGUUACAACACCAGCUGCAUUGUUUGUUUCAAAGCAGAAUGAACUCUGCUUGCCUCAGCCUUCUGUUGUCUUUGUUUUAAUGGAAUUCCUUUUUACGUUUACGUACGAGAAUUUGUCAUGUUUAUCUGUUGUGUCAAGUAUAUGUGCAACUGCCUUUUCACAGUUGUAGGACUAAUGGUUAAUCAUAAUGUAAUAGAUUAUUUUUGUUAAUCAAAAUUCUGUAAAGCUUAAAAAAUAAACAUUCCUGUAUAAAUA